AUGGGAGGCGUCCGUGAGAAGAAGUCUGAAUACUUCGCUAAGCUAAGAGAGUACUUGGAAGAGUACAAGUCCGUCUUCGUUGUCGGUGUCGACAAUGUCUCUUCGCAGCAGAUGCACGAGGUCAGAAAGGCCUUGAGAGGCAAGGCUGUGGUGUUGAUGGGUAAGAACACCAUGGUUAGAAGAGCCAUCAGAGGUUUCAUUGCUGACUUCCCAGACUACGAGAAGCUAUUGCCUUUCGUUAAGGGCAACGUCGGUUUUGUCUUCACCAACGAGCCUUUGACCGACAUUAAGGAGGUCAUUGUUGCCAACAAGGUUGCUGCUCCGGCCAGAGCUGGUGCUGUUGCCCCAGAGGACAUCUGGGUUCUAGCUGUCAACACCGGUAUGGAGCCAGGUAAGACCUCUUUCUUCCAGGCUUUGGGUGUCCCAACCAAGAUUGCCAGAGGUACCAUUGAGAUUACCUCCGACGUCAAGGUCGUUGAGGCCGGUAACAGAGUCGGUGCCUCCGAGGCUUCUUUGUUGAACUUGUUGAACAUCUCUCCGUUCACCUACGGUUUGACUGUUGUUCAGGUCUACGACAACGGCCAGGUCUUCCCAGCCUCCAUCUUGGACAUCACUGACGAGGAGUUGGUCUCUCACUUCGUUACUGCUGUGAACACCAUUGCCUCUAUCUCCUUGGCUAUCGGCUACCCAACCUUGCCAUCUGUCGGUCACACCUUGAUCAACAACUACAAGGACUUGCUAGCUGUCGCUAUCGCUGCCAACUACGUCUACCCAGAGAUUGAGGAGCUAGUUGACAGAAUCGAGAACCCAGACAAGUACGCUUCUGCCGCUCCAGCUGCUGCUGCUUCCUCCGCCCCAGCUGAGGAGGCUGCCGCUGAGGAGGACGAGGAGUCUGAGGACGAUGACAUGGGCUUCGGCUUGUUCGAUUAA